UGAAGUUGCAGCCAGUAAAACUAAAAAGGGCAAAUUAGUAAAACAAAAUCAACCACAGAAGGAUAUAACAAAAAGGGUAAUAAUAAUCAUAAAUCAUAAUCUUCAUUAUCAACGCAUACGCACUCAUAAUACCCAUAACCACCGUAAAAACAGGACCUAAUCGAUUCCAUCGAUCCACGCUUAUAUAUAUCCAAUUCCAAAUUCACCACACUUUCUUCACUUUCUUUUCUUUUCUUUUCUCUUCUUUUUCAUUUCUUUCUUUCGUUCUAUGCAACAUUAUCGCAUUCUAAUUAACCAGAUUCGGAUUCAUUCUGAUUUUCCUUCUCUUUCCCGAGAAAAUUUCUGAAAUAACCACGACGAACACGAUUGAUAAUUAUUAUGGAUUGGAUUCAACGAUUCAAGUCCAUUGACUUUCACCAUGAAUCUUUCCCUGCUUACGAGGAUUUCUACCUUCUCCCUUUCUUCGCUCUCUUCUUCCCUUCUAUUCGCUUCCUUCUUGAUAGAUUCCUUUUCGAGAAAGUGGCAAGAAGGAUGAUUUUCGGAAAGGGGGACACGAUGUUGGACUACCAGACAGAUGAUAGAAGAAAAAGGAUUAAUAAAUUUAAGGAAUCAGCCUGGAAAUGUAUUUAUUAUCUCUCAGCUGAGGUUCUUGCUCUGUCUGUAACUUAUGACGAACCUUGGUUUACCAAUACAAGAUAUUUUUGGGUGGGGCCAGGGAGUCAGCUCUGGCCAGAUCAAAAGAUUAAGUUGAAAUUGAAGGCAUUAUAUAUGUAUGCUGCUGGAUUUUAUUCUUACUCCAUUUUUGCUUUAAUAUUUUGGGAAACAAGGCGCUCUGACUUUGGGGUUUCCAUGAGUCAUCAUGUUGCUACCGUCAUUCUCAUUGUGUUGUCUUACAUUUGUAGGUUUGGUCGUGUUGGAUCAGUUGUUUUAGCAAUUCAUGAUGCUAGUGAUGUGUUUUUAGAGAUAGGGAAAAUGUCCAAAUACAGCGGUGCUGAAAGAACGGCUAGCACUGCGUUUAUUCUUUUUGUUUUAUCUUGGAUCAUAUUGCGCCUCAUUUACUACCCAUUCUGGAUUCUUUGGAGUACAAGCUAUGAAGUUCUUCUCACCUUGGAUAAGGAAAAACACCAAGUGGACGGUCCAUUAUAUUAUUAUAUGUUCAACAGUCUUCUAUAUUGCUUGCUGGUUCUGCAUAUUUAUUGGUGGGUGCUGAUAUAUCGGAUGCUUGUUAAACAAAUCCAAGCAAGAGGAAAACUUAGUGAAGAUGUUCGAUCUGAUUCAGAUUCAGAGUCAGAAGACGAACAUCAAGAUUGAGUAGGAAAACAAAAGCAUUAUGUAAUCAUAAGGCAAAGAUGAAGUGGUUAGCUUCAAAUGUUUUAUGUGCCUUUGACCACAGUAUUAGUCAUUUUCAAAUGCUCAUUCAAAUCGGAGGGAAUUGUAUUUAUACUGAUUCGAGAAGAGACUACGGAACUGAUUUAAAAGGGAAGCAGAUGGAGGGAAAUUUUCAAUCUUCUAAAUUAUUUGUCUAUGUAGCACCGCCAGAAGUUCAGGUAUGCUACAUGCCAUUUUGUUAUAAUGGUUUGACUUUGUUGAAUAUUUGUCCCUCAACAUUCAUUCAAAAAUUCAAACUACAACUUUGAGGACUGUGACAAUUAAUGUAUACUAUUUCUGGCACAAAUUUUUUCCUUGGUUUCCACAUAUUGGAGAAUGAAAUUGUUGUUCCUGAUUGCCACAAAUUUUACUGGUCUUGUUAAACUA